UACAUCCACAGAAGUGGAUGGACGUGUGUGUACACUGUAGCCUACUGACAGCAGGGAGAAUCAAAUCAGAGCAGAUCGGAGAAAGACUUUCUCUCCAGAAGAGAUCCGUUCAAACAUGGUUCCUCCCGUUCAAGUCUCCCCGCUCAUCAAGACAGCAAGAUGGUCAGCCUUGCUAAUUGGAUUAAUUUAUGGGAAGCAAAGAUAUGAUUAUCUGAAGCCCAUUGCUGCUGAAGAAAGGAGGAUUGAGGAGGAAGAGAAGAAACUCAGGGAAGAGCAGGAGCGUAUUUACAAACAGCUUUCUGAAGCAAACUCUGACACCAUUCUGAAGUAAAUCUCCGUGAUGUAUCCAUUCCAGCACCAAGUGAAAUGACUCACAAUAAACCUUUUUUAUUUUCAAUAAAGACAGAAGGUAAAAAUGUU